UAUUAUAUCCUGGCUCGACUGGUCUCUCCACCUGCCAUUUCUCCUCCCCACUGUGGGUAAUAUUUGUCCUUCUGGACACACCCAGGUUUGGGUUUCCCAGCGAUACCUUCAGCUCCCUUGCUCCACCCACCCAGCAGCAGCUGAACAAACUCCUUGGCUUGGCACCCAAAGUGCUUUUAGUUAUGACCCAAGUCAGGGUUUCUCAAACAUAUAUGCUCAGUGGAACUGCCUGCAAGGCCACUUCCUGGACUUCACUCCCAAAGAGUUUUCUUCAUUAGGCCCCGGAGUGGAGACCCCACAAGUCACCUUUCUGGCAAACUUCUAGGUGGGGAGAUCAGGUGAGGUAACCCUGCAACAUCCCUCAGUCAGAGCCCUCACGGGUGCUCUUGUCCCAGGAAAGACAGUACCAACACCCUGUGUAGUUAACAUUCCUGGUCCUGCCAGGAGCUCCCUGCUGCCAAGUCUGACCCCAUGUUAGAACAGGAAGCCUCCCAACUUAGGCUAAAGUUGAGAAGUUACGCUGUUUUGAAAGGGGAACUUUAUACUAGAAUCUGGGCCAGGCCAUACAGGCCCAUGCUCAAACACAAGGCCCUGCUGUGGUCUCCCUCUUGACACCCAGGUGAACAAAGGGAGGCUCAGGGAGAAUGGUUUGUGGAAGGACAGAACACAUCAGAGCAGAAGCUGAGUUCCCUCUAGCCCAUGCUGCUUCCUCUGAGUCCAAGGGAACCCUCCUCUCCCUGACCUUUACUCACUCCACUUUCUUGUGACCCCAGCUGGUCCCUGACAUCUGCAGCUAAUGUUGAAAUGGUCUCAAGGGACUGUGCAACUUAGGGGUAAAGGGAAGUGAGGGGAAAGAGACCAGGGAAUGAAGGCAGGAGGAGCCAGGAACCUGGGGGCGGGGCCUCUCAAGGAACCUGCACACGUGUACCACCACCAGCAGCAGCACCACCUUCUCUUCCUGCUAUUGGCUGAAGGCCCAGGUGAGCCCCCAGGAAACUAAAGCCCUUGCUGAAAUGAGCCGGCCCCAGGCUUGCCUUUGAAAUGGCUAAAUGCUUCUGACACAGAUGGGCUAGUUAACAGGUCCGGGAGUGAGUGCCAGCUACCGGUCCCUGAACGCAGGAGUUUCUGCUAGCAAACCCAGUCCAGCAAAGCUGCUGCUGUGAACGACCAGAGCGGGGUUAGUGAGGGUCCUAGAGGUGGCCAGUGCCCUUCCCAGGUCAGCUCCUAGAAGCAUUAGGACUCCAUAGGGAGCAAGUAAGACUAACAGUUUGGACAGCUGUUGCAGAAGCUGAAGACCCUGGCUGGGAAACGUGAGUCAAUUCAGUGGGGAAUCGCGCGGCUGGAAUCAGGAUCAGGCCCAGUUGGAGUUGCUCUUCCCCAUGUCAACUGACGAACACCUGGACCCGAUCCCUGACAGCUUCAUCCUGCAGCCGCCAGUCUUCCACCCUGUGAUUCCUUAUGUCACAACAAUUUUCGGUGGCCUGUAUGCAGGCAAGAUGAUCAUGCUGCAGGGUGUGGUCCCUCGCCAUGCACGGAGGUUUCAGGUGGACUUCCAGUGUGGGUGCUGCCUGCAUCCUCGGCCAGAUGUUGCCUUCCACUUCAGCCCUCGCUUCUACACUGUCAAGCCCCAUGUCAUCUGCAACACCCUCCAAGGUGGACUCUGGCAGAAAGAGGUCCGGUGGCCAGGAAUCGCCCUGCAGAAAGGGGCUAGCUUCCUCAUCCUCUUUCUCUUUGACAAUGAAGAGGUGAAGGUGAGUGUGAACGGACAGCACUUUCUUCACUACCGCUAUCGGCUCCCACUGUCACGGGUGGAUACUCUUGAUAUAUCUGGCGACAUCUUGGUAAAGGCUGUUGGAUUCCUGAACAUCAGUCCAUUCGUGGAGGGUAGCAGAGAGUAUCCAGUUGGAUAUGAGGUGCCCUGCUCUCGAGCUCUUCCUCGGGGUCUCUGGCCUGGGCAAGUCAUUGUAGUUCGAGGACUGGUCUUGAAAGAGCCAAAAGAUUUCACCCUGAGCCUGAGGGAUGGGGCCACCCAUGUUCCUGUGACACUCAGGGCUUCCUUCACAGACAGAACACUGGCCUGGGUCUCCUCCUGGGGACGAAAGAAGCUGAUCUCAGCCCCCUUCCUCUUUUAUCCCCAGCGAUUCUUCGAGGUUCUGCUUUUGUGCCAAGAGGGAGGGCUGAAGCUGGCACUCAAUGGGCAUGGGCUGGGGGCCACCAGCCUGGAUCAGAAAGCCCUGGAGCAGCUGCGGGACCUCAGGAUCAGUGGAAGUGUCCAUCUCUACUGUGUCCACUGCUAAGGGCUCUGAGCACCUCAGCCAGAGAAGGGGAAAGACAGCUGCGACCAGGGCUCCACAGUUACAGCCCCACCCUGCCUUUCUCACUGGAGAACUUGCCCUGGCAUCACUGUUUCAGGCCUAGUUCACAUCUGGGUCACGGGCCUGAAUCUAAAAGGACACACACACACACACACACACACACACACACACACACACACACUUAUUGCAUUUUAAUCUACCAAUUCUGAAAAUAAGGGCCCAGGUCAAUGUGUCUCUGCACCCGUCUUCCACAUUCAAAUUCUGUCUUGGUCUUCAUUCCAACACUCUGUGGUGACAUGGAGCUGAAACUCUAUCUGGGCCCAGCCACUGAGAAGGCAAAUAGAAUGUGAAUAAGAUGUGCCCCAAAUCUGUGAUCAACACACACCAUCACACCCACCUUUUCGUCUGCACUCAUGUUAUCUACAGUCACUCAACUAGAUUGUGGAGCCUUUGCCCAAAGUGAACAAAUAUCACAGCUGCUUUCAUGGUUUUGGUCAAAGGGAACCAGCCACAUCCCAGAAAAACACACUGAUAAUGAGGCCACAUUCUGGUCACCUAACAAUAAUCUUGCAUAAGAUUAUGAUAUAGUCUGGGCGGGCCAGAGAUUAUCCAAUCUAUGUUUCUGUAACAUGCCCUGUAAUGUUCACACAAUGGCAAUGGUUGAAUAAUGCAUUUCUCAGAAUUUGUCCUUGACAGGAAGUGAUACGUGACUAUAUCUAGGUAGACCAGUAAGAAGGACGCUGUAGAGUGUUCGAUUUGGACUAUUCCUGGAAACAAAACCUGGGCUCACCUUCGAAUGGACUUAAGACUCUGGCUCUUGGGAAUGCUUCUGCAAUCCCAUCCACAUGCCCAGAGCUGUGCCAGGUCACUGGUAGAAGGAUUUGCUAUGUUAGAAUGUUAUGUUCUAUGCAAAGAGCCAUUUUUCUUCCCCUGUCCAUUUACUAAGAUUAAUCAUGUGCCUUUCAUGAAGGGAAAAAAAAAACCUCAAAUAUCCAAGAGGAAAGCUUUUACUGCAAAUAUAUGUCUCUAUUGUAAUCUAGGGAAGCUAGAAUUCAGAAAAAAAAGAUGGCUGAGAGGCAUCCCCUAGAUAGCAAGGCCCAGAGUUCUGGGGAGGAUCUGUGUCAAAGAGGAGGUGGCAGGUCGGUGUGCUGAGGUGGAGAGUGUGAAGCUUGCACACCUCGGCACUCACUGACAUAGUCACAUCUGCUCAUUUAACCUUCUAAUGAAAUCAACUGUUCUGAGAGAAUGCUAAUAUACUGCCUUAAAGUUUGGGGAGUAAAAUGUAUUUGCUGUUGAUGAAUCUUAAUAAAAAUGCAUUAUGUAUUAUUUUGCAUUAUGUUCAUAAAUUAA